AUGUCUGGAAACUCCAACGUUGGCAACAGCGCCGUCUACGAGGCUGGCGACCAGAGAAACGCGAAGAACGACGAGACCAACAAUACCGAGCGCUUCCACGAGGGCAAGGAGCACUCCCAUUUGGCUACGGACUCUAAGGACGAACGAUCCAUCGCCAACAGACUUGCGGCUGAGGAGAAGAAGCAUAAGGAGGGCAAUGAGGAAGAGUCUCUCGAGACCCGCCUUGGCAAAGAGGACCCCACACUGCCCGCCAAGCUACACGGCAACAAGCCUUCCCGGGGCGCUGAGAUUGACAAGCAACUCCAAGAGGAGGAUGAGCUGCGCCUGAGACAAAAGCAGGGCAAAUAA